AUGGCGAUCCACAAAGGCCAGAUCUGGUGCCUGCCGCAGAAGAGCAAGCCAAGUCCGACGAGGUCUGGUGGUGGUGGCGUACUGGCGUACAUCACGAGAGAUGGCAACUGUGCUUAUAACCAUGAUAUAUUUACGAGAAUGGCAGCUGGUGCAGAGAUGAACAAUACAUUGGAUGAGUACUGGGACAUAGUCAAAAGGACCUUUGCAACUGAAGGGGAGGCUUACAUUUUCUACAAGUAUGCGAGGGACAAGGGUUUCAGUGUCAGAAAGCAGAAGGUGAGGCGUGCCGAGCACUCUGGACAACUAUUGUUCUGGCGGUUCUUGUGUUCUCGAGAAGGCGAGCGAGAAACAAAAUGGCUAAAGGAGGAUUUAAGCCAUAGACCAAGACCUCUAACUCGAUGUGUUUGUCAAGCAAAACUGGAUAUCAGACUAGAUCGAACCCGUGGUGUAUGGUAUGUGAGUAGUUUUGUGGACGAGCACAACCAUUGUCUUGCCACAAAAGAUGAUGUUCCAUUCCUCUGGUCUCACCGGAAAUUGAGGGAUUUCCAGAAAACAGAAAUCAUGGCAAUGGAAGCUGUUGGGAUCCGCAAGCAUGUCAUUAUGGAUGUUCUUCAGUGCAGAUAUGGUGGAUACAGUGAAGUUGGCAUCGUUAGGAAGAACAUAUGUGGCAAGAACCAAACAUCAGGAAGCUAA